CUUGUGAAAAAUCAAAGAGGAAGAACAAGAGCUAUUACAAGAGCUUAUGGCACUAACGAAUGGCUCUUCCCUCCAGAGCAUUUACAGGAAGUUCAAGCCGCAACUCCUCAUGGUUCUGGUUCAGAUUGGCUAUACCUUUCUGUAUUUUAUUGCAGAAGCUUCCUUCAAUCAUGGAAUGAAUCCUCAUGUCUAUAUUACUUACAGACACAUUGUUGGUGGUGUACUGAUGUUACCUUUUGCCUAUUUUCUUGAGAGAAAAGUAAGGCCGAAGCUGACAGUAGCUCUUAUGCUCGAAAUCUUUGUCCUUUCUCUCCUUGGGGUUGGUUUGACUCUGAACAUGUAUUUUGCAAGCUUAAGAUACACCUCCCCAACCUUCGUUGCAUCAAUGGUCAACACCAUAGCUUCCCUGACUUUUGUAAUAGCCGUUGUACUCAGGUUAGAGGUUCUUGAUAUUCGACAUCCUCGAGGGAUGGCAAAGGUUCUUGGUACCUUGAUCUCCCUGGCUGGUGCAAUGACCAUGACACUUUACAAGGGGUCUCUAGUGAGAAAUCUAUGGCAGCCUUUGAUUCGUAUUGAUCAAGGGAGUGCUGCUACCCACGAGAACUGGUUAAAGGGCUCUCUUCUAACGGUUGCAAGCUGCAUAACAUGGUCCAUAUGGUACAUUAUGCAGGCAUUUACAUUAAAAAGAUAUCCGGCCCAACUGUCACUGACUGCAUGGAUGAGCUUUAUCGGAGGAGCACAAUCAGCUGUAUUCACAGUGAUCAUAGAACAUAAACGAGCGGCUUGGACCAUAGGAUUCAACAUUGACUUCUGGUCCACCAUAUAUGGUGGAAUAGUGGUCUCUGGUUUGAUCGUCUUCAUUCAACUGUGGUGCACGGAAGAAAGAGGUCCAGUUUUUGUGACCGUGUUUAAUCCCCUUUCAACUAUAUUAGUAGCGAUUCUGGGAUACUUUGUCCUUGGAGAAAAACUUUACAUGGGCAGCAUACUAGGGGCAAUCAUCGUCAUCCUUGGCCUAUACAUGUUGCUGUGGGGGAAAGAUGGAGACCAACAAGCUGUUCACAGCAACUCCCAAGAGCAAACUUAUUUGACUUCCAAAGAACAAAAGGAAAACAAUAAAUUGAUUCUCCCUUCAGCUCUUAAGGAAGGAUCACAGUGCGAACCUUAAAUCGUUCCCGGCCUGAUCAGUGUAGCGAAGGUGUUGUCGUGCGAUAAAACAUACAACACUAAAAUAUAUAUAUAUAUAUAUAUUAAAAAAAAUAUUAAUAUUACGAUACAAUCAUUCUCAUCUUAUCUGCGAAAACAAACGAGGCCUAAAUUGAAGGAUAUCAAAAGUGAACAGAGGAAUUUGAAGAGUAGUUUGCAUCAACUUCUGCUUCAGAGAAAACAGGGAGGAUGAGAAACUAAUGGACUGUUAUAUGCCAGAGAGAGUCUGUACAGAAAAUUAAGCAAGCAAAUCAGAUUGAGAUGAAAACUGAAUACCUUCUUGUAACCUUCACCUCAGAUCCCCCAAUAAAUCAUAGAAUAUAUAUUCAUCUACAA